GUUUCGCUGUGUAAAGAGUUAACAUUUGUGCUGUUUUGUGUUUAUCUUUGUACAUAGUCAAGCCCUUCAUUAUGGCUCCAAAACGAUCUGCUACUGCUUCAGGGGCCAUGCCCAAGCGCCAACGGAAGAUGCUAACAAUUGCCGAAAAAGUAAACGUUUUGGAUAUGUUGAAGAAAGGGAGCAGCUACGCCGCUGUAGGACGCCAUUACGGCCUCAAUGAGUCCACGGUUCGUUAUAUUAAAAAGGAAGAAAAGAAUAUAAGAUCUACGGCCGCAGUUUCCUUUAACCAGGGUGCAAAACGAGUUGUAAGUGGACGCAACAAGGUGGUAGUCCAUAUGGAAUCUGCUUUAGGGCUUUGGAUUGAAGACUGCCAGAAGAAGAACAUCCCCUUGGUCACCAAUAUCAUCCGAGAGAAGGCCAAGCAACUUCAUGAUAGGUUUGCAGAUGCUCUAGACAACACUCAACCUGGAACUUCUGUUGAAUCCCCCGGCAGGAAAAGUGAAUUUACUGCCAGCAAGGGCUGGUUUGAAAAAUUCAAGAAAAGGUUCAACUUGGCCAGCAUGAGCCUGCAUGGAGAGGCUGCCUCUGCAGACAAAGCCGCAGCCGAGAAAUAUGUCGCCGACACGUUCAAGGUGAUCAUUGAGGAAGGCAGAUAUUGGCCUGAACAAGUGUUUAAUAUGGAUGAGACGGCCCUAUUUUGGAAGCGGAUGCCAUCUCGUACUUUUAUCACAAAGGAAGAGGCAAAAGCUCCGGGGUUUAAGGCUCACAAAGAUCGCAUAACACUGGUCGUGUGCGGCAAUGCUGCGGGCUUUAUGAUAAAGCCUGGGCUCAUUUAUAAGUCCAAAAACCCCUGGGCCCUGAGAAACAAGAAUAAAAACCUGCUGCCUGUGUACUGGAUGCACAACCCGAAGGCCUGUAUUACGAAACCCCUGACGCUGGAUUGGUUUCACCAAUGUUUCAUCCCGGAGGUAAAGAUCUAUCUGGCAGAGAAAGGGCUGGAGUUCAAAGUUCUUUUACUUCUGGACAAUGCUGUAGGUCAUCCCUUGGAUCUGUCCUACCAAGGCGUAAAAAUAGAGUUCUUGCCGCCAAAUACGACGUCACUGAUUCAGCCAAUGGAUCAAGGAAUUAUCCGGACUUUCAAGGCGUUGUACACCAGGAAUACCCUGCAACACAUGGUCGAGGCAAUGGACACGGACGACGACAUUUCCCUGAAGGAGCACUGGCAGAAGUACAUGAUCACAUCGUGUAUGGUGAACGUGCAGAAGGCCCUUAACGAUAUGGAGAAAGAGACGGUUCAUGCCUGCUGGAAGAAAUUGUGGCCAGAAGUCGUGCACGACUAUAAGGGCUUUUCUGCAGAAGAAACUCGUCACUCGGCGGUUGACAAGGCAGUCAGGCUGGCAAAACUGCUAGGAGGAGAAGGAUUUGAUGACAUGACCUGUGAUGACAUCAAUGAGCUGCUCGAAGCCCACUCCGAGACGCUGAGCGACGAAGAUUUGGCCGAGAUGACCAAGUCAGCGAACGAGGAAGAUGAACAAGAGGACCCAGCACAGGAAGAAGAUGCCGGCGUAACUCUCGAGCAUCUCACGACCAUUCUACAAGUGGCAAAAGAUCUCCAGACAUUGGUUGAAGAAUGGGACCCCCAAAUGAUUCGUUCUUUGCAAUUUAGAAAUGCUCUUGACAGCGCCAUGGAAGUGUAUAAAAACCUCCAUACACAAAUGAAAAAGCAGUGCCAGCAACUGCCCGUCACAAUGUUCCUUACUCGCAAAACGCUGUCUAAUAUGCCUUCAGUGGAAGAAGAAACUCCAGGUGACAACGGCGGUGCUACACAGUUGCCUGAAGAGGAUCCUUUAGAAGAGCUGUGACACUCUCAUUUGUUAAAAUUAAACUCAUCGUUAUCAGACAAGUCGUCAUGUCAUUGUUGGUAAUGUGCCUCCAUGAGGAACCACUCAUUCGACACAAAGUUAAACUAAUGGUACCCAAGGAUUUUCCACAGAGACGCAGUACCAAAGGAGUCCAGUCUUUGUCUCCGGUCACUGGAUAGUGUCCAUGUCUCACAACCAUAUAGCAAGACAGGAAGCACCAGGACUCUAAAGACUUGGAUCUUUGUCCUUUUGCAGAUAUUGGGACCGCUACACACCCCUUUCCAGUGACCUCAUGACCCCCCAUGCUCUUCCAAUCCAUCUGACUUCAUAGGAAGAGUCACCAGAGAGAGACAUGAAUGUCACUGACAAGGUCGACACUCUCUCCACAAACAGACACAUUGCUGAUGGCCAUGCCCAAGAGGUCAUUAAAGGCCUGGAUCUUGGUUUUUAUCCUGGAUACUCGCAAGCCCAGACACUCAGACUCCUCGCUCAGUCUCUCUCGAGCCCUGAUCAGAGCAUCCAUUGACUCCACGAAGAUCACAGCAUCGUCAGCAAAGUCAAGAUUCAUGAAUCUUUCUUCACCAACGGAUGCCCCACAGCCGCUGGACCCCACGACUGGACUAAAAGUGGUCAAGGCUUUUACUUCAACUCCAUAACUUAGUAGUUUAUUUCAAAUCCCCACAACACUUGACAUGAAGU